GCUUACUGGGGAUCAGGUUAAUUGGGGACUCUAAAUUGCCCGUAGAUGUGUGAAUGGGAGUGUGAAUGAAAUAUAAGAAUUUCAUAAAAAAUGUGAUACGGUUUUUAAAGGUUUCAGAGAAAAUGUGUAGUGUGUAGUAUGAAAUAACAAUUCACGAAUAAUGCCGUACUAUAGCAUGCCUUUAGUUUUCAUAAAUAAUUAAGCAAUUACAAUAUAACCUACAUUUUAAUAAAUAAUGUUAUACUAUAGUGUACCUUAAUGGUCAUAAAUAUGUGUUGGUAAAGUACACCACAAAAGAAUCGUUUCAUAAGAUGCCCUAAAAAUUGUUAUGUAAAAUGUUACAAAAGUACUAUUACAGCAUUACAAGUCAUUGUAGGUCAUUUUGUGAUGACCUACAAUGAUUUUAAAACAAGCCACAACAAAAGGCUGGGCAACAAAAUAGCUCUGUCAUUCGUGAGUCACUAACAAACUAGACACGCCCCCCGGAGUAUAAAUCAACCUGCUCAGCUUGCUGAGUUGAUUAUGAGAUGGAAAGCUCUCACAGCACAGCACAGGGAGAUCUCUUCUUCUCUCUUUCAUCUUCCCACCCUGCAACGUUAAAGCGGACUGGCUUUUGGUUAAGAAGAAUGCUCACGUCUUACAGAAUUAAGCUACAGACUUAGAGAGAAGAAAACAAAAACAAACAAAUUUGUUCCCGGGGAUACUUGUUGGACCUGGAUCACCUUUCCCGAGGCACCUUUGUUGGCGUCAGCAUGGCUGCAGUCUUCUGGACGAUGGGUCUCUCUCUGCUCCUGCAGGGCUGUUUGUGGAGCGUUGGACAGACGGACACAGGCUGCAUCCGGUGGACAGCAAGCGGGACCGACGUCUGCUGUCAGGCCUGCCAUCCUGGAAACCGCCUUGUGAAAGAUUGUGGUCCACGGCCAAAAGAACUUUGUACCCCAUGUGAACGCGGCGCAUUUGUGGAGAAACCCAACAUGUGUACCACGUGCACACGGUGCUUGGGUGCUCUUGUCGAAGUGGAAAAGUGCACGACCACUACGGACACAAAGUGUGGCUGCAAAGAGGGGCUCACCUGUGGGGACGACCGCUGCUCCUUCUGCGUGGAUAAAUGUGACAAAGGUCAGGAACCCACAGAGAAACGUUCUUGCAGACCAUGUCCAGAUGGAACCUUCAAUGACCAAGUUCACCAGAUGUGCAAACCGUGGAGUACUAAGUGUCCCAAUCCAGCGGAACACAUCGUUGCCGGGGGAAACGCCCUCACCGACAUCACGUGUGGCGUUUCACUCAGGCCGGCGAAAAGUCCAAAGCGACCUGAUCCCACAGAAGAAGCAUGGCCUUUCGUCCUAUCUAUGGUAACCAGUCUGCUGCUGACGUCUUUCGGCACCGUCGUCAUCAUCACGAUCAUCAUCAUCAGCAGACGCAGAAGCAGAAUUAUGGCCAAGAAAGCCUUACAGAAAAGGGAGGAGGAAGAAGAAGAAAAAGGAAAGGCCAUCCCACGGACACUGAUAAUCGAUAGUCCUACAGAUGAUCCCAGGACAUUGAUAGCGAUUGAGUGCAGCUUCCACGAGGCCGAGCAAGAGCAGGGCAGCAGCUCCGAGUCGCUGGCGUCCGACGACUCUGCCGAGCGGCUCAUCGCGUGAUGGGCAGAGUACCACACCAGAGUUCCCGGGGUUUUUACGUGGCAUUCUCAGAAAAGUUAAACAUCCCUCCAGAGCUGAAAGGAAUACGCAGACAGGUCGGCACAAACUGCUUGCUCUGCGGUUACAAGGAUGUAAUUAUAGUGAUCUUUUGACGAUAGCAAAAGGGGAUUUUAUCUGGAGGAAGACAAAUGACAAGGACUUUCUAUUGUAUUCUUCUUGUGAAGUUUAACAGUAAAUGGGGAUGUGUUUUCAUUUUCCUCUUUCGGUUAAGCUUGUUGCAUGA